CGGCUCAGGUGGGGCCUCAUUCGACGAGGGGACCAUAAGAACCCUUCGCACCCAAGCAGAAGCACCAUCAGGUCUUACAAGUCCACGAGUGAAGGUGCCCUAUCCAACCAGGAGCCAUGAAGUUCUCUCUGAUCGCCGCCCUCGUCGUCGUGCUGGCCCUGGCCCAAGCCAGCGAAUCCCGCUUCCUCACGAAGAGGGAGGCCCCGGAGCUUGAGCAGCUGGUCAAGAACCUCCAGGACAUGUCUUCCACGUUCUCCAAGAUAGCCGAGGAUCUGGUGGAGAAAUUGAAGACCCACGAACUGACAGGCCAAGCCCAGACCUACCUUGAGGAUGGGAAGGCCCAGCUGCAGCCCUUAGCGGAGAAGGUCCAGGAGCAUCUGAAGCCCCUGGCCGACUCCAUGCAGGGCCACCUCAAGCCCCUGACCGACACUUGGCAGACCCACAUGGACGAACUGUGGAAACAGAUUGUGGAACACACCAAAUCCCUCACUUCCCAGUAGAGCAAGUCCAUUGUUUCGGGCUUUGCCCGCGUGGCCACCGAGGAAGAGCCUCACUAACACCUCAGACCUUCCCACAUCCUUCUGCCUUAACCUGCUGUAACUUGUCGUCUAAUAAAAAGCUUGAAAGCUGA